AUGGAAGAAAAGAAGAUAAAAAGAACUCGAGAGAGCAACAAACACACAGUAUAUCGAGGUGUUCGUAUGAGAAAUUGGGGAAAAUGGGUUUCAGAAAUACGAGAACCAGGUAAGAAAUCCAGAAUUUGGCUUGGAACUUUUCCUACCCCAGAAAUGGCUGCUCGAGCCCAUGAUGUUGCUGCUUUAGCCAUCAAAGGUGACGGUGCAACCCUGAACUUUCCAGAACUUGCAAAUUCACUUCCAAGACCAGUGUCACUAAACGCUCGUGACAUUCAAGCAGCAGCAACCACAGCAGCUUCAAUGCAAAUCUCUGACUCUUAUGCACCGAGCUGUUCUUUAUCAUCAUCUCUGUCAACUUCUUCUUCUUUGUUACCAACUAAUUCAACAAUGACAGAUUUGGGGACGACGAUCGAUGAAUUAACACAAAUCAUUGAGUUACCAAGACUGGAAACUAUUUUUGAUGACUCGUUCUAUUUGAAAAAUGAUUUUAUGUGUGCUGACUAUCCUUCUCCAUGGUUGAACUGUGAAGAUGAAUUAAGAGUAAUUUCAAGCUAUUUUGAACCGUAUUUACUGUGGAAUUACUAA